GUGGGUCGUCCCCGCCUCGCCCGCCCCCAAGAAUGACCCCUGACCUCGGGCGGCGCCCUCCGCCGGGCAGCCGUUAGCACCGCCGCCGCCCCCCCUCUGCCUCCCUCCGUCCCGGCCAUGGAGGGCGCGGGAGCCUCCCUCUCCGACCGCCAGGUGAGCUUCUUAACAAGUUCUGACCUACGAACCCGAGUUCUCCAGUUUGUAGAAGACCGGAUUCAGACAACCAUGUUAACCGGGAUAGCCAUCGGCGCCGCAGUGGCCUUGUCGCUGAUUGGGAUCGUGGUGUAUUUUGUGUACAAGAAGGUGAAGGAAUCAAAACAAUCCCAGGCACAUGUGCCCCAGUACAGGUUUCGCAAGAGAGACAAAGUGAUGUUCUAUGGGCGUAAGAUCAUGCGGAAGGUAACAACUCUGCCAAACUCUCUGGUCGGCAACGUGGUGCCUCGUCAGCGGAUGCGGAAAAGGGCCAAGGUGUUGAGCCUGGCAAAGAGGAUUCUGCGCUUUAAGAAGGAAUCUCCCAUCCUGCAGCCCAAGGACCCACCUCCCUCCCUGCUGGAAGCUGAUUUAACGGAAUUUGAUGUCAAGAGCUCCCACCUGCCUUCGGAAGUCCUUUACAUGCUUAAAAACGUCCGGGUCCUGGGCCACUUCGAGAAGCCCCUUUUCCUGGAGCUGUGCAAGCACAUGGUUUUCGUGCAGCUGCACGAGGGGGAAUAUAUCUUCCGGCCGGGACAGCUGGAUAACAGCAUCUACGUCGUGCAGGACGGGAAGUUGGAAGUCUGCAUCCAGGAGAGCGAUGGGACUGAGAUGGUGGUGAAAGAAGUCUCGCCCGGAGACAGUGUGCACAGUCUUCUCAGCAUUCUGGACGUCAUCACGGGCCAUCCUGCUCCGUAUAAAACCGUCUCUGCUCGAGCCGCGAUACAGUCCACCAUUCUGCGUCUCCCGGCCAAUGCGUUUCAAGACGUCUUCCAGAAGUAUCCGGAGACUCUCGUCAGAGUCGUGCAAAUCAUCAUGGUAAGACUGCAGAGAGUCACCUUCUUGGCUUUACACAACUACCUGGGGCUGACCACCGAACUCUUCAGUUCUGAGAGCCAGGCCAUCCCCCUGGUCUCGAUCGCCAGCGUCACCUCCGGGGGCAACGCCAGCCGGGUGGUCAAGAGGCAGCUGUCCAACCUGUCAGAGGAGGAGCGGGCGGAGAGGCUGGAGAGACACGCCUCCCUGGAGACCACAGAUUUUGGAAAACUCCCCGGCUCAGAGCUUCUGCUUCGAAGAAGUUUAUCUCUGAACAUCCCCUUCGGAUAUACGGAGGCUGCAGGUGGAGUAAAACCAGAUGUGGAAGCCAUCAGCGACAGACACCGGAUCGAAAUGGAGACUUCCUCCUCUGACACAGCUGCAUAUAAGACCACCUCGAAGAAAACGGUGACGGUGACUGAAAUGCCUUCAGCCAUCUUCCAUUACACACAGAACGACACACCCGUCCAGGAAUCCGGUGUCACCAAGCAGGUCAACACCAUCUUGGAAGCUGCCAAGAAGGACCUUUUGACCUUAAUGAAGCUGGAUGAUAUUUCUCUCUUGAAUGGGAAAGUGACCCUCCAUCAGGUCACUGCAGGGACGAUGGUGUCACGGCAAGGUGACCAGGAUGUCAGUAUCCGUUUUGUGAUCUCGGGGGUGUUGCACGUCUACCAGCGGAAGAUCGAUUCGGAGGAAGAGACCUGCCUGUUCUUGACCCACCCGGGGGAGCUGGUGGGGCAGCUUGCUGUCCUCACGGGAGAGCCUCUCAUUUUCACCAUCAAGGCUAACCGCGAUUGCACCUUCCUGGCUAUCUCCAAGUCCCACUUUUAUGAGAUCAUGCGGGAGCAGCCCACAGUCGUCCUGGGCGUAGCGCAUAUGGUGGUGAAGCGCAUGUCGUCCUUUGUGAGGCAAAUCGACUUCGCCCUGGAUUGGAUGGAGGUAGAAGCCGGACGCGCCGUAUACAGGCAGGGGGAUCAUUCGGACUGCACCUACAUUGUCCUGAAUGGACGUCUCCGCUCGGUCAUUCGGUUGGACGACGGAAAAAAACACCUGACGGGAGAAUACGGACGGGGAGACCUGAUUGGCGUGGUGGAAGCACUAACUCACCAACCCAGGGCAACCACCGUGCACGCUGUUCGGGAUUCCGAGCUGGCCAAACUCCCAGAGGGAGCGCUGAUCUCCAUCAAACGCAAGUUCCCCCAGGUCGUGACGCGGCUUAUCCAUUUGCUGGGUGAAAAGAUCCUUGGAAAUCUACAGCAAGGGGGGCACCAGUUGGGCCUACACACCCCCAGCAGCAAGUGGGACGCCAGCAACCCAGCCAGCAACCUCGCCACGGUGGCCAUCAUGCCCGUCUCGGAAGACGUGCCCCUCUCGACCUUCACCCUGGAACUCAAGCAUGCCCUCUGCGCCAUUGGUCCCACCCUACUGCUCACAAGCGACAACAUCAAGCAACAGCUGGGCUCCGCAGCUCUAGACAGCAUCCAUGAGUACCGGUUGUCCAGCUGGUUGGGCCAACAGGAAGAUGUGCAUCGCAUUGUGCUCUACCAGUCGGACAGCAGCCUCACCCCUUGGACUCAGCGCUGCAUCCGGCAGGCUGACUGCAUCCUGAUCGUGGGCCUGGGGGAGCAGGAGCCGACCGUCGGAGAGUUGGAACGGAUGCUGGAGAACACGGCGGUCCGAGCUCAGAAGCAACUGAUCUUGCUGCACCGCGAAGACGGACCUCUUCCUUCCCGGACCGUGGAGUGGCUCAACAUGCGAAGCUGGUGCUCGGCACACCUUCACCUCCGCUGCCCUCGCCGAGUCUUCUCCCGGCGGAGCCUGCCCAAACUGAAAGAAAUGUAUGAACGCGUCUUCCAGAAACCAGCCGACCGACACUCCGACUUCUCCCGGCUGGCUCGCGUCUUGACUGGGAACGCCGUAGCUUUGGUCCUCGGAGGAGGUGGAGCACGGUAA